AUGGUAAUCUUGUCUAAUGGUAAUCUUGAAAAUGUCAAUCAGGGGAUUGCUAAGAAGCGGAGGAGAGCUCCAAAGAAUUCGACAGAUAAGCCAUGUCUACCCAACAUCAUCAACAUUGCCUACCAUCCAUACUUCUUUUCUGCUGAGAAUGAGACUUCAAGUGCAGAGCUGCAUUUCACAAGGGAUAGAUAUGAAUCAAAUAUGAAUGAUUUGCCGAUUCUUGCAAAUAAUGAAGCUGAAGGGAAUAAUGGGAUAGAAUCCUAUGUCCCGGAUGAAAUGAGUUGGGACCUGAAAUUCUGUCGGAUGAACCAAGCCAACGAAGUAAUGGACCAGCCUCAUGAGCAGAACAUGGAAAUUGGAUAUGAAGAAAGCCGACCACUACCAACCUAUGAGGGUCUUGAACAAAGAUUUAUUGAUGAAAUCAUGAUAUUAACUAGGGAGAAAAGUGACGCUGAGGAUGCAGAAUUUGCUAGGCACGAGGAGAGAAUCCUUGAGAUAAACACCGAGUACCAGGAAAAGUUAUCUUCACUUAGAGCUCUACAAGCAACACAGCGAGAAGAGUUUCUCCGGCAGGAAUUACAUGCAAGAGUGAAUCAAUAUCAUGAAGGUAAAAGAAACCACUGCCCCAACAUGAAAGGGGCCGAUGCCUAUGGCUACGUAUGA